CGGCCGGAGAAAGAAAUGGAGUGAUUCCGUACGCUAAAAAUCUAAAUCCCUCUAGUCUGGAUUAGGGUUUUAUCUUUCCCCCAAAGGGUCGAAUUCCAUCAGAAGUAGAACCCAUCAAAUUCCAUCACUGUAACCAAAAAAAGGGAAAACCCCCCAAGAAAAAGGUCAGUUUUUUCCCUCAUUCUUCCACCCUCUCCUUUGCUUUCCACCUUUUACUGUUUAGCUGGGUGUGGUCUGGGCUUUGCCAUUUUGUCCUCUGUUUUGGUUAGUUGGAGUGUCAAUUCCCUUGAUAGUGCCCGCUCUCUAUGGAAUAAUAUGUUCACCAGAUGAAGUAAGAUUUUGUUUUUCCCUUGUUGGGACUAUCUUCCUUCCUUUUCAAUUCCCAUUUCCAUAGGGAGGGAGAUGAACUUCAAUUACCCCAAGCUAUAGUGAUCUUCAGUUCCCUUCUUUCUGGUUGGGUUCCGAGUUUUUUUUCCUCGUCUAUGUCUAUAUACAAUGCAUGUUUGUCUGUAACCUGCCAACAGCUGGGCUCUUCUAAAUCUGCUAUCUGACUUGCCACUUUCUUCAAUUGGGGGUUUCACCUGCAAAUAAUCUGGACUGGGAAUUGAAUUUGUGGCUUCCUCUGUUAUUAAUUACGCACCAUUGCUACUUCUCAAAGUUUUGGUUUGUUUCCCCUUUUCGGGGGUUGGGUGCUUCUGCGUUGGUAGCUUUCCUGCUGCGGUAAUUUAGGGUAAAAUUCGCUGUCUUUGUAAGAAGAUGGCUAGUAGCACCAGUAGCAAACAAGAAAAGGAGGUGGGCACAAUACGCCAUGCUGUAUGAUUGCAAGUGGAAAACGAAACCUCCAUCAUGGAAAUGAAAGCGGAGGAAAUGGUGAAUUUUGGGCGGUGGGCCUCUGCUGCUGUCAAAACUGUUGUUAUCAACUAUCAAAGAUAGGAUUUUUCUUCUCUUUUUUGUGUUGGGUUUGCCUUUUGAAUUAUAUGGAUAUUUAUGAGAUGGGUUUUGUAGGCUUCUGGGUUUUUUUCUUCCUUCCUUUCUUUGUUUGGUUGCUUCUUUCCCAUUGUCUCUUUCAGAUCUCUCACCAUCUCAACGAACCCUAAAAUUACUAUUCUGUUCUCCAUCAGAAUCACCGUCGCAUUUAAUUUCUGCAUAAUUUUUAUCCUCAAUUGUAUUUCUCUUAUUUGUUCAUAAUUUCAUAUGCUUUGAAACUCCAUUUAUAACAUCUUUUGGUUUAAUGGUUUUCAGAUAUUUCUCAUGGUCUAACUUCAACUUUGUUGUUGCCUUUUGGAUUCCAUAAUAGGUCAACAAUUCACAAGAGUCCAUAUUUUUGAAUUGUGGAGCAAAUCACCAUUGAAAUUCUUCACUGCCCUUGCCUCCUUUGUGUGAUUUUUAUUGGAACUUAUCUCUCUGCUUCAGCUUCCCUUGGCCGUUUCUGGGUGGGAGAGAGAGAGAGUUUGUUACUAUCCUCUUCUUGCUUACUACUGCAGCAGCAGCAGCAGCCUGACACACACCCCUCUGUUCUGCGAUAAAAAUUUUAUUCUGCCAUCACUCCACUUUCUUGGUGGAUGCCCCAAAUUUAGGAAUUUUCCAGAUCCAGCUUUCGAGAAUUGUUCUAGAAAACCUAGAACCGGGGCUGUGCUACGGUGAGUAGGUUCCAAACUGCACCGCUUCGUGAAAAGAUUUCUCUUGGAGGGUUUUUGUACUUGGAGAUUGUGGAAUUCCGGAAGAGAGCUAGAUGACUGUGGAUGAAGCGGGUAGCAGUUCUUCCUUGUGGACUUUUGAGCAAGAUAAGGCAUUUGAGAAUGCUCUGGCAACUUAUGCAGAGGAUGAUGCCGAUCGAUUUGAGAAGAUAGCUGCAGACGUCCCUGGGAAAACACUGGAAGAGGUUAAGCAGCACUAUGAGAUUCUCGUCGAGGAUAUUGACCUGAUUGAAUCUGGGCAUGUGCCUUUACCCAACUAUAAUUCUUCCUCUGAGGGUUCAUCUGGCCAGGCUGGUGAUGAAGGAACUGGGAAGAAAGGUGGCCAUGGAGGGCAUAACAACAGUGAGUCCAGUCAAGGGAAUAAGGGUUCAAGGUCAGAUCAGGAACGCCGUAAGGGAAUUGCUUGGACAGAAGAUGAGCAUAGGUUAUUCCUUCUGGGGUUGGAAAAAUACGGCAAAGGAGACUGGAGAAGCAUAUCCCGAAACUUUGUGGUAACAAGAACGCCUACCCAAGUGGCGAGCCAUGCUCAGAAGUACUUCAUCCGGCUGAACUCCAUAAACAAGGACCGAAGGCGUUCGAGCAUUCACGACAUCACGAGCGUGAACAAUGCCGAGAUUGCAGCAGUCCAAGGACCGAUAACUGGUCAAGCAAACGGCACUCCUGCCGGCGUCAGUGGAGGAGUAGGGACUUCAGGGAAAGCCGGGAAACAACCAUCUCAACACCACCCUGGCGGGGGCCCUCCAGGAGUAGGAAUCUAUGGUCCUCCAACAAUAGGACAGCCCAUCGGAGGGCCAUUGGUAUCGGCGGUUGGGACACCCGUGAAUUUACCUGCGCCAGCACACAUGGCUUACGGGGUUAGAGCGCCGGUGCCUGGGACCGUGGUCCCCGGGGCUCCGAUGAACAUGGGUGGGAUGUCGUAUCCAAUGCCUCCAACGAGUACUCAUAGGUGAUGUAGAAUACAAAUGCAGAGCGAAGGUGGUAGCACAGAUGAGUUUAUUAUGGUUCGCAUUAAGUUAGAUGGAGGGGAAGUUUGUCCAUUGUAGGGGUUGAAUAAGAAUUCUUAUCUUAUAGUGGAAGCAAGCAGAAUGCUGUUUUUACUCAGUUCUUUUGAUUUGUUGAUGGUGGAGGCUAGACUAGACUACAUAUGCAUCUAUCCGUAUAGCCGGGCAGCAGGUGUGGGGAAGAUCGUGGCGGCAGCAGCAGCAUUAUAUGAUGAUGAUGAUGAUACAUUUGGGAGGCUGGUUAUGGAGAGAGGCAGCAGUGAUGGCAAUCAAUUUUCUCUUGUGGUUUUGUAUUUGUUCUUAUUUUCUUUCCAAUCCUUGCUUUGGGGAACUCACAGUUAGUGGUAUCAGAAAGACCAGACCAUUUUUAGAAGUAGCAAGCUGCAGGAGUAGUGAGAUAGAUGUGUCUGCAUCUUCCUUGGUUAUGGGAAAGAAGGGAGUUGUAAAGAAGCCAUUUUUAGUAUUCUGAGCAGCGUAGGCUGGUGGCAGUUGCAGGCAAGCACUUAUUGUUCAUCAUUAUUUUAAUACAACUCUUCAACCCCUUACAUCACCCAUUUUCCCUUCUACUUCACUUGCCCUCUUUUCUCAAUAUUCUCCACUUCCCCAACUCGGUAUGUUUCACAAUUCUGAACGGCCGGGGAUCUUUCAGACGUUGAAGUCCAACCAACAGGGAAUCACCUUCGAUUUUGACGAUCUUGGAGAAAGUUGAUGAGUCCAUAGCUGAGCUUUCCCCAGAGCAGAAUUUGGUGGCUCUUGUUUGUUCCUCCGAUGUCUGUAAUGCUUAGUUAGUUAUAUAGAAAAACAGAGCAUGCCUCGACAAAAGAGAGGAAAGGUAAGAGUUUUAACUUGCACUAAUCGGUUCACAGCGCUUGGUUGGACGUGGUAAGAAAUUAAUUAUAUAUAAAGUUACAUUCACUUAUUUUAUGUUUUAAUUAAUAUUAAUAAUUUAAAAAAUAGUUCAUGUAAGAUACAUUUAUAAAAUUUACAUAGUGUC